AAACAUAAUGGUCACCAGAUGGCGGCAUGUUCGGCUUACUGAUGAGAUGCAAGAGUUGUGAAGAUAUCGAAUGUUGUGGCCACAAAGUGAUAAUCAAAUCUGGCCAUUUCUGAUAGCGUGAGCAACUUGAUUGCGCCUCCAGGUACCGCUAAAGAUUUGCAAAACUGCACGGAUUUGUCUAGAAUAAUCGAUUAGGUUCAAAGAGGUUAGACUCUCGUGCAAAGCACGUUGUUUUUGAGGGGACUUCUCGCGUUCCAAGAGAGACAACAUCACAACAUGGAUGAACAAAGAAUGAUGGGGAUGCUGUCUCAGGCCGGCUACGGGAUGCAGGGAGGACCUGUAGACGGUGUUGGUGACCCAGGAGUACAGGAAGGAAGAAAACAAGAUAUUGGAGAUAUUUUACAACAAAUCAUGACCAUCACCGAUCAGAGUUUGGAUGAAGCACAAGCUAGGGCCAGCUAUGAAGCUCAAAUGAACAUGCAGAAACACACAUUGAACUCACAUAGAAUGAAACCAGCUUUGUUCAGUGUUCUGUGUGAAAUCAAGGAAAAGACUGUUCUCAGUAUACGAAACACAAAUGAAGAUGAACCGCCAGAUCCUCAGCUGAUGCGAUUGGACAAUAUGUUGAUAGCAGAGGGGGUGGCAGGCCCUGAGAAGGGGGGUGGAGCAGGAGCUGCUGCCAGUGCAUCAGCGGCAGCAUCAGGGGGAGACAAUGCUAUUGAACAUUCAGAUUAUAGGGCAAAACUGGCUCAAAUUCGACAGAUUUAUCACACAGAGUUGGAGAAAUAUGAACAGGCUUGUAAUGAAUUCACAACACACGUGGUGAAUCUACUACGAGAACAGAGUCGAACCCGUCCUAUUGCCCCCAAAGAAAUUGAGCGGAUGGUUAGCAUUAUUCGUAAGAAGUUUUCCGCCAUAGAAAUGCAGCUCAAGCAGAGCACGUGUGAAGCUGUCAUGAUACUGAGGUCACGGUUUCUGGAUGCAAGGCGCAAGAGACGUAACUUCAGCAAACAGGCAUCUGAAAUUCUGAAUGAGUAUUUUUACGCCCACUUAAGCAACCCAUACCCAUCAGAAGAAGCCAAAGAGGAGUUGGCAAGGAAGUGCGGCAUCACAGUGUCCCAGGUUUGCAAUUGGUUUGGUAACAAACGUAUCCGUUACAAGAGAAACACACAGAAGGAACAGGAAGACAUCCGUUUACAUGGCGUUAAGGCUGCUACUGCAGCAGCUAUGCAAGGGCCCAGUCAAGGCUACAUGCCCCAAGGUCAGCUGGGUUCCUACAUGAACCUCAAUGGAGAUAACUAUCAGGCAGACUCAGUUGGAGCAAAUGUACAAUCACAGGUGAACUCCUUGCGUCAUGUCAUUAAUCAGACAGGGGGAUAUCAAGACAGUACCUCCUAUGACAUGCAGGUGUCAGGCAUGCAUCGUGGGUAUGGUCACCACACCAGUAGUAGCCCCCCUGAUAUGGGUUCAAGAGAUGGAGGUAGUCGAACGACUUCACCCGGAGGGGAGGACAGCAAUAGUUUCCCAAACAUUCACGAUUUGAACAGCAAUUCUGGAGAUGGCAGUUACCAUGAUGAGGAGCCAUCCAACAAAAGGCCUAAGGUCUAAGAAAGUCCAGGUCACUGUCCUCAAUGUCAAAGUUCAAGGCCAUCAUCACUGUGAAAGAAGAAUGGCUGAAGAACUUAUGUGAACUGUCUCAAGAAUAUGUUGGAUUUUUAUGCAGUUCUUUACAUGUGUGUAUGUAUAUGAGCUGUUCUUUAUUUAAGAAAUUUGUUUGAAUGUGUAGAUGUUUAAUGUGGAUUAUUUUCUUCCAUGUAACAUGUUACUCUGCCCCUAUACUCUAGACAGAAAAAGGGAAUUACUUUAUGCAAAUAUGUAGUCACAUUUUUCUUGAAAACAAGCAGAAAACCCCAGAAUAGUACAUCCUGAACAUUUUAUGAAAUAUUGUUGGUCCUAGUUUUUCCUUGUUGCUCAAAAAAUCAAAGGCCAAUCCAUCAUGUUUUAAGUCACUUUGUUAUGGAAGAUUAAAUCAAAAGUUAAAGACAAAACCAUUAGUUUUAGAGCAGUAUGUUGAUAUGUUGCAUGAUCUUGCAACACGCUAGUCAGAAGUAUUUUAAGCAGCACAUAUCAUUUUAACCUUGGGGAGGGUGGAUGUGUGUGUGGAUUUGGCCAAUUUGCAAAAUGCUUCCAAGAAGUUAGCUGGUGCUGAUAUUGUUGGUUCAUUAUUGAUAUUGAACCAAUGAAUGCCAUCCAGAAUGGUACCUUCAUUAUAAGAAUACUUUUUUGUGUGGUCAAUCAAAAAGACAGUCAGUGAUGAAGUUUUCUUGUUGAAUAUAAAGUGGAAAUGAACAAUAUUUUUAAAGAUUUCCUUUUCAAUAUAACUGUAAACGAAUUUUUCUUACUUUUGGCAGUGUUUUUUACAUGAAUAUGUAAGUUAAACUUAAAAGUUUAAGACAAUCCCUUUUGUUUGUUUUAGGUUUAAUCCUUCUUGAUCUCUCAAAUAAUUUAUCCCUUCUACUUCCAAUAUCAGUUAAAUACUAAUUUUGUCACGGUUGCCAUGAAGGCCUUGCAUGAUAUCAGCCUGUUCUUUCAAGGGUAAUGGACAGUUUAAUUCAUCGGUUUGUCAAAUAAUAAUGGGAUUCAUUACCCCUUCCACAUAAAGUAAACAGUUUUACCUAUUGGUGCCUGAAAACUGAAUGGGUGAGACAGAUAGAGUAUUGAAAUAGUUGAAUAACUGUCUUAUCUGUAUCUAGCCUAGUCAUUAUGAAAGAUUAUGUACCUACUAGAAUUUUUGAAAAAGGUUACUUAAAUUUAAGUAGUGGAUAGCUGUAGGGUACAUUAGUGUAACAAUUUAUAUAUAUAUUUUACUACGUGUUCUAGUCCUCUUUUUUUUAAUUUUUUAAGAUAAAUGUUAUUGGUGCUGUUUAAAGUAAGUGGACAUGCAAAAUUCACAUUAAUGGAUUGUUCUGUUAUGUUUUAUACUACUUUAAGAGAGACACAUUUCCAUAAAUUAAGUGUUCAUAACAAGACACAAAUCUUUUCAAAUUUAUUCAUGGUGAAAUUAACAGUUUAUAUCUUGGGCAUACAUUAGACUCUAUAAAAAUGUAUACCUUUUCUGAAAAUUUUCAGUUGGCUUAAUUUUAAUUGUACACGGAUACUAUUACAAGGAGACACCUAAAAUUUUGUCUUGUGGCUUUGUCUUAGUAAAGUGGCUGUCUUCAACAUGGCAUUUUUUAUCUCAGUGAAUUUUUACUUGAGAGUUAAAUUAACUUCAGAUGAUUUUCAGCCUUCAAAGGAACUUGCAUAUUUCAAAUAGGUAUUGCAUUUUUUUUUUUUUUUUUUUUUUUUUGACAGGGGUUUUAAAUUAUCUGAAAUCACUUAUUUGCAACAUAAAUUUCAUGCUCCUUUUCUUGACUGGUAUGUCCAUGUCUUAUGAAGAUCAUUAAGAUGAUAUUUGUAAAAAGUGCUGUUUAUUUGCUUGGAUUUAUUGCUGUGUAAUUCUAUAUAUAUAUAUAUAUACCAAAGGGAACAAACAGUAUUGUACUUAUAUUAUGGCAAAUUGGUCCUCAAGACCUUAAAACAGAUUUUUAGUAUAAACCUUCCAAACCAGGUGAAACUCUUUGUUUUCAGAAAAAUCAGGCAGCCCCCACUUAAUAUUAUAUUAUUAUUGCAUCAGUGAUACCCUGAAAGCGUUCUUGACUUUUAUACGAGAUGAGAAUGUAAAGAAGCACAGUGGGGACAAAUGUCUAUGACAAAAUGAGUUAAAUCUGGUUUUAGAAAUAUUUAUACCUCAUCUAGCCUUCACUUAUAUUCUGAGUUACUUCAUUUUUGCAGUGGUACGGAAUUUCAACUAUUGUACUUUCCCCAUAACAGUUGUAUAAUUAUACUCCCCCCCCCUCUCCUUUUAAAGAAAGUAUAAAAAGUGACUUGUUGGCUUCAGGAUUCUUUCAUGAGAGUACAUAUUUUAAUGAGAAUAUUUUGGGAUAUAUUUGCCAACACAAAAUUGAUGAAGUUCUUUUCCCAACUGACCUUGAAAUCAUAAUUUUUUUUUUUCAUUUAUUAUAAUUAUUUCAAUUAAAAGUAGAAAUCUGAAGUUUUUGUACCACUUACAUAUGGAAAUAUGCAAGUGAAAUAUUCAGUCUCUUAAAUUUAAUUUUUUUUCUUAUUAAUUAAAAUAUGUUAUUUUUAUUUUAUUUUUUUCUGUACAUAGGACAAUUUUUCCAACUUUAUUUCUGAACUUUGCUUUUUGGUUCACAAUUAAUUUGAUGGUUGUAAAGUAAUAGUUCAAAGCUGCAUAACAAAGCGGAAUAUUCUUUUUGUUUGUGAUAUAAAUUGUUUUAAAAUGUGCUUUAGUAGAAGGUAUAUCUUCAUGGUGCCUCUUUAGAUUAACAGGCUAAACUUUUUUGUGCCUUUUUUCCAAACUAAAUACAGAAUCUCAGAAGCCGAUAAAAGUCGAUAUAAAAAGUAUAUAGCAAACUGAUCAGUGUACCAUCUAUUCAUUGUCACUUAUCUUGGAAUUUAAAUGUAUCAAUAAUUUAGAUAUUUAAGAUGUGGCCUUUGAAUGAGACCUUACCUGGCAUAUGUAGAUUUUUAAUAGAAAUUACUGUUAUCAUAACAAUUUUCAUAAAAUAACAAUGAUUUAUACAUGUAGUACAUUAUUUGUAUGUAAUAUAUUGAUAGAGAAAUAUUGUAUUUUUCUGAAACAUUUCAAAUAAAUGUUGCUUUGCUUUUAGUUGAA